CGCGCUCUCUCCUCCCUCAGUCAACUCGCCCCCCACUCUCCGCCCCCCUUCACGUAAUUCUGAAAAAGCAGAAGAAAGAGGAGAACAAGAAAAGAAGAUCUAAUAAGGGAGAGCGGGAGCCCAGAAAAAAAAAGGUUUAAGAAACUGAAGGCGAGGAAAGGAAAAGGAUGGACAGCCCCAAAACGCAGCGAUUGCGGAAAUUUUCCAGCGCCAUUGGCUCGGCAGCGUGAGUCCUUCGGUUGGGGCGUGAUUUCAGCACCGGGAGACUGGACAGCACCCGGGGAGGGGGAAACUUCUGGGCAUCCGGCAGCCACAGCUGGAACUCCACUCGCAGCCUCAACAACAGAAGCCGCGGAAAUCCUGCUUUGUAUCAGAGAGGCAAGGAUGGUCGCUGUUACUUUGUGAUGAGAUCGGGGAUGAAUUGCUCUCUUUAAAAAUGCUGCUUUGGAUUCUGUUGCUGGAGACGUCUCUUUGUUUUGCCGCUGGAAACGUUACAGGGGACGUUUGCAAAGAGAAGAUCUGUUCCUGCAAUGAGAUAGAAGGGGACCUACACGUAGACUGUGAAAAAAAGGGCUUUACAAGUCUGCAGCGUUUCACUGCUCCGACUUCCCAGUUUUAUCAUUUAUUUUUGCAUGGCAAUUCUCUCACUCGACUUUUCCCUAAUGAGUUCGCCAACUUUUAUAAUGCGGUUAGUUUGCACAUGGAAAACAAUGGCUUGCAUGAAAUCGUUCCCGGGGCUUUUCUGGGAUUGCAGCUGGUGAAAAGGCUGCACAUCAACAACAACAAGAUCAAGUCUUUUCGAAAGCAGACUUUUCUGGGGCUAGACGAUCUGGAAUACCUCCAGGCUGAUUUUAAUUUAUUACGGGAUAUAGACCCAGGGGCCUUCCAGGACUUGAACAAGCUGGAGGUGCUCAUUUUAAAUGACAAUCUAAUCAGCACCCUACCUGCCAACGUGUUCCAGUAUGUGCCCAUCACCCACCUGGACCUCCGGGGAAACAGGCUGAAAACCCUGCCCUAUGAGGAGGUCUUGGAGCAAAUACCUGGCAUUGCCGAGAUCCUGCUAGAGGAUAACCCCUGGGACUGCACCUGUGAUCUGCUUUCCCUGAAAGAAUGGCUCGAAAACAUUCCAAAAAAUGCCCUGAUCGGCCGAGUGGUCUGCGAAGCCCCCACCAGACUGCAGGGUAAAGACCUCAAUGAAACCACCGAACAGGACUUAUGUCCUUUGAAAAACCGAGUGGAUUCUAGUCUCCCGGCCCCCCCUGCCCAAGAAGAGACCUUCGUUCCUGGCCCCCUGCCAACUCCUUUCAAGACAAAUGGACAAGAAGAUCAUGCCACCCCAGGGUCUGCUCUGAACGGAGGUACAAAGAUCCCAGGUAACUGGCAGAUCAAAAUCAGACCCACGGCAGCGAUAGCGACGGGCAGCGCCAGAAACAAACCCCCAACCAGCGGCUUGCCCUGCCCUGGGGGCUGCAGCUGCGACCAUAUCCCAGGGUCGGGUUUAAAGAUGAACUGCAACAACCGGAACGUGAGCAGCUUGGCUGAUUUGAAACACAAGCUCUCAAACGUGCAGGAGCUUUUCCUGCGAGAUAACAAGAUCCACAGUAUCCGAAAAUCACACUUUGUGGAUUAUAAGAACCUCAUCUUGUUGGAUCUGGGUAACAAUAAUAUCGCCAGCGUGGAGAACAACACUUUUAAGAACCUUUUGGACCUCAGGUGGCUGUACAUGGAUAGCAACUACCUGGACACUCUGUCCCGGGAGAAGUUCGCGGGGCUGCAAACCCUGGAGUAUCUGAACGUGGAGUACAACGCGAUCCAACUCAUCCUCCCUGGCACCUUCAAUGCCAUGCCCAAACUGAGGAUCCUCAUUCUCAACAACAACUUGCUGAGGUCCCUACCCGUGGACGUGUUCGCUGGGGUCUCACUCUCUAAACUCAGCCUGCACAACAAUUACUUCAUGUACCUUCCAGUGGCAGGGGUGCUGGACCAGUUAACCUCCAUCAUCCAGAUAGACCUGCACGGCAACCCCUGGGAGUGCUCCUGCACUAUCGUGCCUUUUAAGCAAUGGGCAGAACGCCUGGGUUCCGAAGUGCUGAUGAGCGACCUCAAGUGUGAGACGCCGGUGAACUUCUUUAGGCAGGAUUUCAUGCUCCUCUCCAAUGAUGAGAUCUGCCCCCAGCUGUACGCGAGGAUCUCGCCCACGUUAACUUCGCACAGUAAAAACAGCACCGGGUUGGCGGAGACCGGGACGCACUCCAACUCCUACCUAGACACCAGCAGGGUGUCCAUCUCCGUGCUGGUCCCUGGACUGCUGCUGGUGUUUGUCACCUCCGCCUUCACCGUGGUGGGCAUGCUCGUGUUUAUCCUGAGGAACCGAAAGCGGUCCAAGAGAAGGGACGCCAACUCCUCGGCGUCCGAAAUUAAUUCCCUACAGACAGUCUGUGACUCUUCCUACUGGCACAAUGGGCCUUACAACGCAGACGGGGCCCACAGGGUGUAUGACUGUGGCUCUCACUCGCUCUCAGACUAAGACCCCCCCACCGGGGUGGGGGAGGGGAGCUGGAAGGCAACACCUUCUUCCGCGCAGCCUGCAUCCCAGGGGUUAAAGGGGCCCUGACCCGAGUCCAGCGGGUCCCAAGGCUUGAUGGACAGAAGUGAAUAAAUAACUAUGAACUCGCUCGACUGAGAGGGUCUGGCCACUGAGCUCCCUUCUGGAAACAAAGCGCAGACUGUGGCGAGCUGGGAAGAGCGCAGCCAGCUGGCUUUUUGCUGGGAGCCCCUUUUGAGAGAAAGCCCAGCAGGGGCCCUGCUCGAGGAACUGACUUCGGCCCUCGCAGGCAACCGAGGGGCCCGAGGGGAGGGCUGCUGCGAUUGCAUACAUAUACACGUAUAUCCACAUCUAUAUAGAGCGAUAGAUACCUAUUUUUCCCCUGUGGAUUAUCCCCCCGAGGAGGGGGGCGUGAUGGCUCCCUGUUGACUAUGCAGGGAAGGGCAGUUGCACGAAGGCAUGAAUGUAUUGUAAAUAAAUAACUCUGACUUCUGACAAAAACCAACCAACAAAAAAAGACAAAAAACAAAAGUGCUGCAUGGCUCGCAUGGAAUCCACGGCUCCAGGGACGCUGCCCUCCCUUUCGGCUGGAGACGGCGUCUCGUUCACAGCGCCCACCCUCUUACCUGAUAAGUCCCAUCGUAUCAAACUUUCUAUAAACAAGAUACAGUAUAAUCAGAAACUGCCAUUUCGCCAUUAUUUGUCGUAGGUAGGCAGUUCAGAGCGUACGUUUACUGUGAAAAAAAAAAUGUAAAAGUUUGAUUUAAGACAUCUGCAUGGCUAGCCAUCAGUCCAGUUUAUGAGUUAAAAAUGUAUUUUGUUGAGCGAAGUUUUUACGGGUUGUUUUGGGUUCUUUCUUUUAUUUUGAUGUUGAUAUUUUAUUUUAUUUUUGAGGGGAAUAUUUUUCUAUACAUAUCCAAUAAUGCCUUCCAUCUGAAUGUAAAAUAAGUACCCAUGAUUUCUAUUAUAGUAUCAGUGUAAUUAUAUAUAUAAGAAAAGAUUCUGAGGCAGUUAAGCAUGACCAAUUAAUGUCACUCUAGUGCUUAGGCUGCGAUCUUAUGGUAGCAAUUCUGUGCUGGUGUAAAUCUUACUUAUAAAGGAAGAAAAAAGAACCGAGGAAGCACGUGAAACUUACUAAUUCUAUUCGAGGAUUUUAUAAUGGCAUAUUUUUUCAGUAUUAAAGUGAAAAUGUUUUCAACUCUGGGUCCUUACAUUUUUCCAGCUUCAUAUUUGCAACUGGUAAAUCCGAUCUGCGGUGGAAGGGACCCGGGAGGGGAAUGGUUGGGGGUGGAUCCCUCCUUGAGCUCAUUAAGGCUCUUUAUCUAAUGGCCUUUGCUUUUUCACCCUUUACGUCGUUCCCCUCUCCCUCCUCCCCUGAUCUGACUUUGUCAGCUUUCCCCUUUCCAUCAAGUAAGGUCUUUCCCCAACUCAUCCCCGCCCCCGCUCCCCUUUUUUUUUUUUUUUUUUUGUCCCUUUCCUAAUGCGGCAGUGAAUCCCUUUAUUAAUAUUGGAAAUCCCUCGCUGCUGCUUCUGCUGGUGCUGCACUCACUGCAGAUAUAUUAAGUAUGUUCGUGGAGAUUUGAUUUAAUUGACACUGCAUAGAUUGGCCUCAUUAAACAGAAUGGAGAUUUCAUUGGUCAGCACUCUUCAAUGAAAGACAGCCCUAAUGACUGGCAUUUGAAAUGCUGUUGGUAUUUUGAAUUCAACAUCUGCUGAAAACGGUAAAACUAAUUAGUGCCCACCCAGCCUCCCUGCCCAAGCAACUGCAUAUUGAAAUUCGUUAAAGCACUCAUCUUUAUGGAAAUCAAUCAUUAUCCUAAAGAAGUGUUUCUCUCCCAUCAUCCGGAUUUCUGGUUGUGGCCCAGUAAUUAACAAGAAAAGCAUUGAACUGUUUGAAUUCAUGAGCGACUGUAACUCCAGCCACAAUCAUAUUCCUCUGGGAUCUCUAGGCGAGUCUAUUUUAUCAGCAUUUAGGCUACAACAAGCCAACAAAACCACACAUAUUGAUGAAGUCUGCAUUCCACCACAUAUCCACCCUUGAGAAGUAUGUUAAAGGACUGCAGACCAGAGAUUUCAUAUAUAUAUGAAAUAAUAUACAAUAAUAUAUAUAAUAAUAAAUCAACUAAUGAAAGCCCCCCGAGCAGUUGUUAGAAGAUUUGCUUUCUAGAACUCAAAUUCUAAAGAGGAGUGCACUCCCAGUACAAUGAUGUUCUGGCAUAUGUAUUAUUUAUUUUAACACUUUUUAAAUAAAAUACUUUAUCAUAAGUCAUGA